AUGGCGAGUCGUAACAUCAUCACACCAAUCAUUCGCGUUUUGCCUUCGGUGAAAACACCGGUUGUGCUUGGUGCAAUGGCAGGCGCUUCAGGCGGUCAGCUGGCUGGCGCCGUCUCUGCUGCAGGCGGCUUCGGUUUCAUUGGCGCCGGCUAUCUUACACCAGCAGCACUCCAGACCGAAAUUGACAAGGCCUAUCAACAGCUCUCGAUCUCUCACGCCGAGCUGUUCUUGAACCGCAAGAGGGCCGAUUUCGGUAUCGGAAUCUUGGUAUGGAGGCUCACCGAGCUCAACGACGGCAACACGCCAGAUCAGGCAAGACCGAAUCCGACCGUCACCGAAUUUUUGAAAGCCAUCGUAAAAGCACGACCAUACGCUAUCUGGCUCAGCUUUGGUGACGAGAAGGAGAUGGUAGAGUGGCAGAAAGCUAUCAACGAGCUUGACAAGCACCAUAAUGGCGAUCUCCAGAGCGAGGCGGAGCAGGUCAUAAAGUGGUUCAUCAUGAUUGGAAGAGAACAAGAGCUUCAGGCAGCUGUCGAAAAGUGUCAGUGCGAUGUGCUCAUCGUUCAAGGCUGCGAAGCUGGAGGGCAUGGGCAUUCGCAAGCCCCACCACUGUCAGCCUUGCUCUCGGAUGUUCUGAAGCGACUGCCUUUGCUUAAGCCUAGCAAUGCAUCACAAUCGACUCCCCCGGUGCUCGGGGCUGGCGGUCUGGUCGACGGUCGCUCGCUCGCCGCGCUUCUUGCUGCGGGAUGUGCUGGUGGCGUUUAUGGUACACGCUUUGUACUGACCCCCGAGUCGACCUAUUCCCAAGUGCAGAAGGAGGAGCUUGUCAAAGCAAAGAGCUCGGCAACACUGCGUACAUUUGCAUUUGACGACGCACGUGGUACAUUGGGCUGGCCAAACGGAACAGAUGGAAGAGGGCUACGCAACACGACUGUUGAGGAGUACGAGCGUGACCUGCAGGAGCAGAUAAAGUCAGGCAAAGAGGAUCCAGAGGGUGCAAAGAGGAGGAUGGAGAGGUACAAGCAGGCGGCCAAGGACAAUGACACCGACCGUAUUGUCAUUUGGUCUGGCACAGGUGUCGGCGCAAUGGACGCCAUCGUGCCUGCAAGGCAGGUGGUGCACGACAUAACCAAGGAAGCAAUCCAGGCGCUGUCAAGCAUUCAGAGUUAUGUUCAGUAG